AGCAUACGACCCUGACAAAGCACAGGCAUGGCUGAAAGCAAUUGAGAAGAUCUUUCGAGUCAUGAAUUGUACUGGCACGCAGAAGGUGCAGUUUGGCACCCAUAUGCUUGAGAAAGAAGCUGAAGAUUGGUGGGACAACACUGUUCAGAGGUUUGAAGGUGAUGGGAUGGAGAUUACUUGGGAUCUUUUCAAGGGUGCAUUUCUGGAGAAGUACUAUCCAGAAGAUGUGUGUGGAAAGAAGGAAAUUGAGUUUCUUGAACUGAAGCAGGGUAAUGGAACCGUGGCGGAGUAUGCUACAAAGUUUGAGGAAUUGAUUAAGUUUUGUCCCCACUACAAUACUGCCGAAGCUGAGAGAUCUAAGUGUAACAAGUUUGUGAAUGGUUUGAGACCUGAGAUCAAGAAGGUUGUGGGAUAUCAACAGAUUAUCCGAUUUUCUGACCUGGUUAACAGGAGUAGGAUAUAUGAUGAGGAUAGCAGGGAAAGUGCUGCUCACUAGAAGUCUUUGAAAGAGAAGAAAGAAAAGGGGCAAUUCAAAGGGAAACCGUAUGGGAAUCCUGCUGAUAAGGGUAAACAAGAAGCUGGUCAUGACAAGAAGCCGAGUGGGGGAGGAGCUCCUAAUCCGGUUAGGUGCUACAAGUGUGGUGUUGAAGGACAUCGUUCUCCUGAAUGUCCCAAUUCAGAAGCAACAUGAUUUAAGUGUGGCAAGCUGGGCCACAAAUCCUUUGAGUGCCUAGAAGGUAAAACUGUGGCAUGCUACAGAUGUGGAGAGCAAGGUCACAUCAGUACUAAUUGUGACAAACCCAAGAAGGAUCCUGCAAGGGGGAAGGUGUUUGCUUUAUCUGGUGCUGAGACUACUGCUGAGGAUAGACUAAUUCGAAGUAAUCAGGAGGAGUAGUCUAUAGCCUUUAUUUCGAGUUGGAGUCCUUGCUCUGAUACGUAGCACUCGGGGGGGAAAUGGACGCUUGUUUUCCUUCUGUUAUAAUUUGAAUUAAGUUGUUAUUUGAGAAGUUGUUUCUGUUUUAAGUUGUGGGCAAGAUACUAUGUUUUCUUUAAGUUUUAAAGACAUUGGAUUCGCUGCAUAACUAUUUGUCAAAGUGAACUAGUUCAAAGACUAAUUAACUGUCACAAGAGCAUUUAAGUUUAUUUAUGAGUUCAUCUCAAAGUUUAUGUGCUAUGUAUCUGUUACAAGAGCAUUAUGUUAAUGUUUUAAGUGAUUAUGUAAUGCCUCAUGAGUGUUAAAAUUUUUAUCACUCUGAUAUUUGCAAUACAUAUGCCGUUUAGAAUUGGGGUGUUACAUUAGUGGUAUCAGAGCAAUGGUUGGUCAGUGACCAAGUUUUUAGUAUAAUAUAUAUUCUAAUACUUACUGAUACUCGAUAUGUGUAAGUAGCAUUAUCGAGCUGUUGUUUGAUAAGAGUUGUUGGUUGUUUGGAGAUUCAGGAAAAUGGUUGCCGGAAGGAAUGAUGAAGCUAUCGCUGAGGCAUUGGCAAUGAUGGCUAGCGCCAUUGGGCAAGGUCAGCAAGCGAACCUUGGGAACCAUAAUCAGGAUGAAUUUUGUGCUUUGGGAAAGUUUCAGAGGAACAAUCCGCCAACCUUUGAAGGAGCAUACGACCCUGACAAAGCACAGGCAUGGCUGAAAGCAAUUGAGAAGAUCUUUCGAGUCAUGAAUUGUACUGACACGCAGAAGGUGCAGUUUGGCACCCAUAUGCUUGAGAAAGAAGCUGAAGAUUGGUGGGACAACACUGUUCAGAGGUUUGAAGGUGAUGGGAUGGAGAUUACUUGGGAUCUUUUCAAGGGUGCAUUUCUGGAGAAGUACUAUCCAGAAGAUGUGUGUGGAAAGAAGGAAAUUGAGUUUCUUGAACUGAAGCAGGGUAAUGGAACCGUGGCGGAGUAUGCUACAAAGUUUGAGGAAUUGAUUAAGUUUUGUCCCCACUACAAUACUGCCGAAGCUGAGAGAUCUAAGUGUAACAAGUUUGUGAAUGGUUUGAGACCUGAGAUCAAGAAGGUUGUGGGAUAUCAACAGAUUAUCCGAUUUUCUGACCUGGUUAACAAGAGUAGGAUAUAUGAUGAGGAUAGCAGGGAAAGUGCUGCUCACUAGAAGUCUUUGAAAGAGAAGAAAGAAAAGGGGCAAUUCAAAGGGAAACCGUAUGGGAAUCCUGCUGAUAAGGGUAAACAAGAAGCUGGUCAUGACAAGAAGCCGAGUGGGGGAGGAGCUCCUAAUCCGGUUAGGUGCUACAAGUGUGGUGUUGAAGGACAUCGUUCUCCUGAAUGUCCCAAUUCAGAAGCAACAUGAUUUAAGUGUGGCAAGCUGGGCCACAAAUCCUUUGAGUGCCUAGAAGGUAAAACUGUGGCAUGCUACAGAUGUGGAGAGCAAGGUCACAUCAGUACUAAUUGUGACAAACCCAAGAAGGAUCCUGCAAGGGGGAAGGUGUUUGCUUUAUCUGGUGCUGAGACUACUGCUGAGGAUAGACUAAUUCGAAGUAAUCAGGAGGAGUAGUCUAUAGCCUUUAUUUCGAGUUGGAGUCCUUGCUCUGAUACGUAGCACUCGGGGGGGAAAUGGACGCUUGUUUUCCUUCUGUUAUAAUUUGAAUUAAGUUGUUAUUUGAGAAGUUGUUUCUGUUUUAAGUUGUGGGCAAGAUACUAUGUUUUCUUUAAGUUUUAAAGACAUGGGAUUCGCUGCAUAACUAUUUGUCAAAGUGAACUAGUUCAAAGACUAAUUAACUGUCACAAGAGCAUUUAAGUUUAUUUAUGAGUUCAUCUCAAAGUUUAUGUGCUAUGUAUCUGUUACAAGAGCAUUAUGUUAAUGUUUUAAGUGAUUAUGUAAUGCCUCAUGAGUGUUAAAAUUUUUAUCACUCUGAUAUUUGCAAUACAU